UCCGCCGGUACACACUCUGCCGACCUCGGCCACGCUCCCGCAGUGAUUUUCUGGGACUAGAGUAUUCCGGCCUUCCUCCCACACCACGCGACUAUUCUCCCGGCGACGACGUCAUCGCGGUGACGUCCGGUAAGCCGGUCACCGCCCCCGACAGGCCCUCACCUCACCCCCACGCGCACCACUCAAGCAAAUCCCGCACGUCCCGUCGCUAUUCUACGUGUGGUAUCUCGCAGAAGCAGCCAAGAGAGAGAGGAAAGAGGAAGAGGGGGCUAAAAAUAAGCACGGCGCGCGCCGCGGAUAAUCCUUUUCCGGCGAAAUUUCCUUCCCGAUAAGAGCAGCCGCGGGCGGCGCUUCCGCGUUCGGUUCGCCAACACUUCCUCCGUGCAGAUUUCCGGUAGCCGCCGCCGGCCGCCGCUUCCCCUUCUCGCCUAACUUCCAAAACCCGCGGGCGUGCGUGCCGGCCGUCCCGUUCCGGCUUCUUGUGUUCCGGCAAGAAGAAAUCCGCGCUUUCUCCUGUUGGGACUUGGGAGUUGCCGCUUGCUGCUCUGUUCUUGGGUUGGUUUCUUGGGAGAGAUUCACGGUUCCUUCGUGGCAUCUUGUCAUCUUUUUUUGCUUGAUCCGCAUGGUUUUCUUGGGUUCUUGCGGGAGGAUUUGCCCCUUUUUAGAGCCGGAUUCCUCGGCAAGAUCCGCUACUUCCGCAAUCAUUUGAGCUCGUGCGGGAGGCUCUGUUUCUGUUCAAUCGACGGAGCAUGAGACAAAAGAUUCCGUCCUUGGGGCCAAGCAUCAUCAUCAAGUAGACGCGACCGAGCUUCUAGAACCUUCUCGUAGUAGUUCCCCCUCUGCCCCCCUCCCCGUCCACGCUACAUACAUACAUGGAGACGUCGACUGUCACCUACUCCUCCUCCUCCCCGCCCCCUUCCUCGUCGCCGCCGCAGCAGCAGGCCGAGCAGGCCGCCGACCUCGACGCCGUCAGCCUAGGCCGCCUCAGCGCCAACCUCGAGCGCCUCCUCGACCCGGCCUUCCUCAGCUGCGCGGACGCCGACGUGGUCCUCGCGGACGACGCCGCCGCCGUCGUCGGCGUCCACCGCUGCAUCCUCGCCGCCAGGAGCAGCUUCUUCCUCGACCACUUCUCCAACAAGCUCCCCGACCCCGCCGCCGCCGGCGAGAAGGAGAAGGAGAAGGAGAAGGAGAGGCCGCGGCUGGAGCUCGCGGAGCUGGUCCCGGGCGGGCGCCACAUCGGCCGCGACGCCCUCGUCGCCGUCCUCGGGUACCUGUACACCGGCCGCCUCAAGCCGCCGCCGCGGGACUCCGCGGUGUGCGUGGACGAGCGGUGCCCGCACGAGGCCUGCCGCCCGGCGAUAGACUUCGUGGUCGAGUCCACCUACGCCGCCGCCGGCUUCCAGAUCUCCGAGCUCGUCUCGCUCUUCCAGCGCCGGCUGUCCGACUUUGUGAGCAUAGCUCUGGUGGAGGACAUAGUGCCCAUUGUUCAUGUGGCUUCCACCUGCCAGCUCCACGAGCUGCUCAGCCAGUGCAUCCAGCGGGUGGCAGGAUCCAGCGUCGACAGCCGGUACCUCGAGAAGGAGCUGCCAGACGAGGCAUUUGCCAAGGUGAAGGAGUACCGGCGGUACUCGCUGCACGACGAUUCCGACGAGUUCAUCCUGGACCCCGAGCACGCCAAGAAGGUGAGGAACAUCCACAAGGCCCUGGACUGCGACGACGUCGACCUAGUUGGCUUACUAUUACAAGAGUCUGCCAUCACCUUGGACGAUGCAUUAGCCAUACACUAUGCUGCUGCAUAUUGUGAGCCCAAGGUGCUGGCCUUGCUCUUGAAGCUGGACCCUGCCGGGGACUGCGUAAACGUCAACCUGAAGAAUGACAGCGGGUACACGCCGCUGCAUUUGGCGUGCAUGAGGCGGGAGCCGCAGAUCCUUCUCUCGCUUAUCGAGAAGGGCGCGUCCGUGGUGGAGAGGACGCACGACGGGCGCGACGCGCUCACCAUCUGCAAGAGGCUGACAACAGAGAAAGACUGCAACAAGAAGCUGGAGAAAUGCAAGGAGAGGAGCAAGGCUUACCUGUGCAUUGACAUCUUGGAGCAGGAAAUCAAGAGGAAGUCAUUCAUCUUUGAGGAGCUCCUUUCGGCGGAGGUUUCAGUUGCCACACCUUUGCUGGUAGACAAUUUCCACAUGAGGCUCAUAAACUUGGAAAAUAGAGUUGCCUUUGCAAGAAUAUUCUUCCCUUCCGAAGCUAAGCUUGUCAUGCGCAUAGCACAGGCUGACUCAACCGAAGAGUUUGCCGGUCUCACGUCAGCUAAUUUCAAUAAACUGAAGGAGGUUGACCUAAAUGAGACCCCUACAAUGCAGAACAGGAGACUGCGUGAACGCCUCGAUGCCUUGACAAAGACAGUUGAGCUAGGGCGAAAGUACUUCCCGCAUUGUUCGGAUGUUCUCGACAAGUUCCUCAUGGAAGAAUCCACCGAUCUGCACUUCCUCGAAAGCGGCAGUGCCGAGGACCAGUACACCAGGAGGACGCGCUUCUCUGAACUCAAAGAGGAUGUGAGGAAGGCCUUCAGCAAAGACAAGGCCGUCGCAGCCAUAGCCUCGUCGACGUCCUCGUCUUCACCAAGGGGUGAUGGAAAGGUCAGUAGGCAUGGUCACAAGAAGGCGAGGCUGUCGCGGUGAUACGUAUGCUCGAUGCCGCCAUGUCCCGGUAGGCUGACGCCGGAUCCGUCGAGCGGUUUCGGAGAGGUGGGGCGGGGGGGAAGCUAGCAAGGGUUUUGUUGACAGUUUGUAGUGCAGUGGAACCAUGUAUGUAGAUGUAUGUAACCAAGCAAGCACAUCGGUUCUAGCUUGAUUGUUGCUUGGUGCAUUUCUUGUAGUUUGCUGUGGUUUGACAUGUGGCGGGCUUCAGUAGAUGAUUUUCGAUCGCCGGAGGGCCACUCUUCACAGUGAUUCUAUCCAUCUUGCAUGCUCAGGCCUGUUGGCAGUAUCAACUGAUUCUGAAGGUUCAGUCA